AUGACCGAAACAAUCCCCCUCCUCAUAAACAACAAGUCAAUAACGACCCCAAAAACCUUCCCAGUAACAAGUCCCUACACAAACACGCCAAUCUGGAACUCCUCCUCCGCAAGUCCAGAAGAUGCCAUCCGCGCCGUGGAAGCCGCAAACGCCGCCUUCCCCGCAUGGUCCGCCACCAAGCCCACCGUGAGACGCGACAUCCUCCUCAAAGCGGCCGAUAUCCUCGAAGCCCGCCUCGAGACCAAUGCCUCCUACAUGCAGCAGGAGAUGGGCGCCGACAAGGGUGCCAGCGCGGGCUUCGUAGUCCCGCUGUCUAUCCGUAUGCUGCGCGAGGUCGCCGGCAGAAUCACUUCUAUCUGUGGGAGUGUGCCUGUUGUUGAGGGGGAGGGCCAGUCGGCGAUUGUGUUUAAGGAGGCUAUGGGUGUGAUUCUGGGGAUUGUGCCUUGGAAUGCGCCUUAUGUCUUUGGGAUUCGGUCUGCGGCUUGCGCCCUUGCAGCGGGAAAUACAACUAUUCUUAAAUCAUCGGAGUUGACGCCUCGCUGUUACUGGGCUAUUGGCCGGGCUUUCCAGGAUGCCGGGUUGCCGGCGGGAUGUCUGAAUGUGAUUCACUGUGCGCCGGAGGAUGCGCCUGCUGUUGUUAAUGCCAUGAUUGAGCAUGAGGCGGUGCGGAAGAUCAACUUCACUGGUAGUACGGCUGUCGGGAGAAAGAUUGCGCGUGCCUGUGGAGCAAAUUUGAAACCUUGUCUUAUGGAGCUGGGAGGCAAGAAUAGUUCGAUUGUUUGCGAGGAUGCAGAUUUGGGGGUUGCCGUUGGUGGAGUUUUGGCGGGUGCCUUUUUGAACUCUGGUCAAAUUUGUAUGGCGACUGAUCGCAUUCUUGUGCAUAAAUCCAUCAUGCCUGCUUUUACGGCGGCGUUGCAGACUGCUCUCUCAGCUGGAGCCGAUGCCUCGGCUCUGCCGCCCACGCUUGUCAACACAGCCUCCAAGGCUCGUGUUGAGGCGCUUAUUGCUAAUGCGGUGAGUGCGGGCGCGCACUUUAUCUCCGGGUCUGCGGGGAGUGGGGGUGACGAGGGGGUGAGAAUGGCGCCUGCUGUGCUGGGUGGUGUACGAGAGGAUAUGGAUCUCUGGCAAGAAGAGUCCUUUGCCUCAGUUGCAGCUUGUAUGCCGUUUGAGAGUGAGGAGGAGGCUAUCCGAUUGGCGAAUGGAAGUGGGUAUGGGCUUUCGGCGGCAAUUUUCACGGAAGAUCUGAGGAAGGGGCUGAGAAUGGCAAAGAAGAUUCAAUCUGGGGCUGUUCAUAUCAACAGUAUGACUAUUCAUGAUGAGCCUGCACUGCCUCAUGGCGGGGUGAAGAAUAGUGGAUGGGGUCGCUUUAAUACCGAUGAGGGACUCAAUGAGUUCUUGGUGACCAAGAGUGUGACUUGGAUGGAUUAG